CAAGCCCAGCAAUUAAUCUUAUGACCAUUUUUCUAAAUUCUUGUUCAGUUAUAUUGCUUAUAUCUGUUUUGAUCAGUUCAUUAGCUGUCAUUUCUUCCUGGAAUUUCUUUUGAGGAGAAUUCUUCCAUUUUGUCAUUUUGGCUAGUUUUCUGUCCCUUACGUGUUUUAAAAGCUUGUUAUGUGCUCUACCCCUGCGAGCACUGCUAUAUUAAAGGGGGGGUCAUACACUGUCCAGGGCCUCGCCCUUCAGAAGGUGUUUUUUGGAGAGUGUUACUUGCUCUCUGUUGUUGUGACUUUGGUUAUUUUAUUUCCCUACUUGUAGUGGUGUUUUGGACCCUCCACCAGGUGUGCUUUGAUUUGUUCCUUGGAGUAGCCAUAUGGCCCAUCAGGUUGUCCUGGUGUAUCCCUGGUAGCAACUCAGUCUCUUUUCCUCCCAGCCUCUUGGGGUUCAAAGUCCUUUGGCUUCAACCCUUCUUUGAGAGACGUGGGAAGUUUGGAUCUCCCUACUUCUCUGCCAUGUUGGUCCCUCCCUCAAUACUGAGCAGUUCUAAUUAAUACUUGUUAUAACCCUCCCAUGCCCCUGUACCUUACAGACAGGUAGGUAGGUAGAUGGGUAGAGUUAUACAGAUAUAUAGAUACAUAGAUUGAUUUGGUUUGGUUUGGUUUUAAUUAGCAUUUUUUUAAGUUGUGGUAAAAUACACAUAACCAAAUUUACCAUCUUAACCAUCUUUCAAGUGUGUAAUUCAGUACUGUUAUGUAUGUUCACAGUAUUGAGUAACCAAGCUCCAGAACUUUUUCAUCUUGCCAAACUAAAACUAUAUACCCAUUAAGCAACAACUCCCCAUUCUCCGUCCCCCAGCUCCUGGCAACCAUCUUUCUGUCUUUAUAAAUUUGACUGCUUUAGAGACCUCAUAUAAGGGGCGUCAUACAUUAUUUGUGUUUCUGUGACUAGCUUAUGUUAAUUACCAUAAUAUUUACAAGGUUCAUCCACUUUGUAGAAUGCGUUAGAAUCUCUUAAGGCUGAAUAAUAUUCCAUUGUAUAUAUACACCACAGUUUGCUUAUCCAUUCACCCAUCACUGGACACUUAAACUGCUUCUACUUCUUAGCUAUUGUGAAUAUUGCUAUUAUGAACAUGGGUGUACAAUAUCUCCUCAAGACCGUGCUUUCAAUUCUUUUGGAUAAAUACCCAGAAGUAGAAUUGCUGGAUCAUGGGUAAUCCUAUUUUUAAUUUUUUAAGGAAUGUCCAUACUGUCUUAAAAGCAGAUGUCCCAUUUUACACUCCCACCAGCAAUGCACAAGAUUCCAAUUUCUACACAUCUCCACCAGCACUUGUUACUUUCUCUGUCUCUUGUUAAUAGUAGUCAACCUAAUAGAUGUAAGGUGAUAAUCUCAUUCUGGUUUUGAUUUGCAUUUUUGUGGUAGCAAAUGAUGUUGAGCAUCUUUUUAUAUGCUUAUUGGCCAUUUGUACAUCAUCUUUGGAGAAAUAUCUGUUCAAGUCCUUUGCCCAUUUUUGAAUGGGUUUUUCUGUUUUCUGUCAUUGAGCUUUCUCUAUAUUUCUGGACAUUUAAUCCCUCAUCAGAUUAUGUGAUUUACAAAUAUUUUCUCCCAUUUUGUGGGUUGCCUUUUUAUUCUGUUGAUAGUAUCCUUUGGUGGGCAAAAAGGUUUUAAUUUUCAAGAAGUCCAGUUUGUCUAUUUUUUUUCCUCUUAAUUCCUGUGCCUUUGAUAUCAUGUCUAAGAAAACAUUGUCAUAUCUAGUGUCAUGAAGCUUUCCCCCAUGUUUUCUUCUAAAAGUCUUAUAGUGUUAGGUUUUAUAUUUGAGUCCUUGACCCAUUUUGAGUUAAUUUCUGUAUAUGGUGUAAGGUUCCAGCUUCAUUCUUUUGCAUGCAGAUGUUCAUUUUUUCCAGCACCAUUUGUUGAUAAAACUGUCCCUUUCCCAUUGACUGGUCUUGGCACCCUUGUUGAAAAUCACUUGACCACAUAUGCAAGUGUUUAUUUCUAGGCUCUCUAUUCUGCCACACUGGUCUAUUUAUCUGUCUUCAUGCCAGUAACACACUGUUUUGAUUACUGUAGCUUUGUAGUCAGUUUUGAGAUCAGGAAGCAUUAAGACUCCAGCUUUGUUCUUUUCCAAGUUUCUUUUGGCUAUUUGGCAUCCCAUGACAUUCCAUAAGAAUUAUAGGAUAGGUUUUUCUAUUUCUCCAAAAAUGUCAUUGCAAUUUUUUGUUUUGUGUGUGUGUGUGUGUGUGUGCAUGUUUUUUUUUUUUUUUCAAGUAAAUGCAGGGCUGAAACUCAUAACCCCAAGAUCAAGAGUUGCACACUCGACCAACUGAGCCAGCCAGACACCCCUGUCCUUGCAGUUCUGUUAGGGAUUGAAUUAAAUCUGUAGAAUUUGGGGUAUUGUUGACAUCUUAACAGAAUUAAGUCUUUCAGUUCAUGAACACAAUAUGUCUUUCCAUUUAUUUCUGUCUUUAAUUUCUUUCAGCGCUGUUUUCUAGUUUUCACUGUACAGCUCUUUGGCCCCCUUGGUUAUGUUGAUUUCUAAGUAUUUUUUUAUUCUGUUUUAAAUGGAAUUGCUUUCUUGGUUCUGUUUUGUAUUUUUCACUGUUAAAUGUAUAGAAAUGCAACUAAGUUUGUUGAUUUUGUGUCAUUCAGUUUUACUAAAUUCAUCUAUUCUCUGGAAUCUUCAAGGUUUUCUAUAUAGUAGAUCAUGUCCUUUGCACCCAUCUUAUAUUUUAAUAUUGUUUUGUAACUUUUUUCACUUAAUAAAUGUUUCAAACAUUUCCCCAUGUUUCAUUUUUAGUUACAGAUUUACCAAAAUUUGUUAAAACCAGGUAUUAAUGGGCUAUACAGGAGAGAAGUGAUUCCAGGAACAAUGUGCAUUGGGCAAAAACCUCAAAUUCCCCCAAGCUUCCAUUUCAGCAGGGCGUGCUCACAUCACAGAUGUAUCAUUGGAUCUGCCUCGUGAGCUGUCAGAGCAUAAAGGCUCGGAGACAGGAGCCCAAACCAAAGGUCUGAAGGCCACUGAGAGGGCCGGCUACUCUCAUUUGGGCCCUUCCUGCUGCUCUCUGGCCAUUGCUCUUUGUUUGGACUUCAAGUUCCACAUGUGGGCUCCUCCAGGAAUCUUUUCCUCUGUUGCAAGGGAGGAGGAUUCUACCUUACCACACCUGGUCAGAACCCAGCUUCUGAGAUUGACUCUUUAUUCCUGCUAUAUGCAGAACAUUUGUGCUGCAGUCAUCAGAUCAGCAACCCCCAGGCAGGGGACAGGGGACAACUGUCAUGGCUCCGUGGAGAGAGUGACAACAGGGUAUUGUGUGUGGUCUGAGGAGGGGUGCAAGAAGGUGUCCAGGAGGGGGGACCUGGAAGCAGAGCCCCAAGGAGAACGGACUUUAGUGGGUGUGCAGGGAGAGGAUGCUGGCCGUUGUCAUUCAGAGGAUGUGACGUUGCUUGGCAGCUCUAGGAUCCAGGGAAUGGAUUACUUUCUCUUUUGUCUCUGUCACAGUACAAAGAAAGAUGGAAUGCAGGAGGCAGUUGGGAAUUCAUCUUUAUCAUUGUGCUAUGCCACAGUGUUUUCUAACUAGUCAGGCCAUAGAUCCUUUUCCUCAGCUGUACCUCAAAGAGCCCUUUAGAAAAAAGGAGGUCUGUUUCUACUGAGGGAAUGUGAACCACUGUUUUUCUUGGACUGAAGAAUCUAGUGCUAAAAGGAGGUAGGGAGCCAGCACUAUGCUCGUGGCUUUGUGUAGGUGCACUACAGUAUUUCUUCUGCUUUGUGGCACAUCUCUACAAAAGCAAACACGGUGCCCAUUACCCCAGUCACACCUUUCACCAAAGCACAUCUUGAUCUCACAAAUGUUCACGUGUGAAAUGUGACGUCUUCGAAGCAAUGUGACAUGGCCUCUUAAUCUCUCUCAGAAGGUGCUUGUAAGGGUGACUGUGUCUUCCCCAUUGUUCAGAUUAAAUAACUUAUGAGCAAUAGGGCUGAGAAUUCCACCCAGGUGCAUUCAUUGCUCUAACCCAGGCCUAUUUCCAGCCCUCAGUUCUGUCUUCCCUUGGAGCCUUAAGGCCCCCUCCAGCUUAACAGUUCCCUCCAGUCUUAACAAAAGCCCAUUCCACACAGCUUUGUGGAGCUGAAAUGUGAAUCUGAUCGUGGCAUUCUUUUGCUUCAGAGAUAGCUAUAGAAGAUGGUCUGCUUUCCACAGUGGUGCCUUGCUGGGCCCUGCCCCUCUCCCAAGCCUCCUUUCUCCCCACACUCUGCAGCAGCUUGUCAGGCUUAUUCUGCAUUUCAUGCCAUAUCCCCUCUGCCUGACAUUCCCUUCCCUCCUCUUCUGGCUGACUUCUCCUCAACCUUUGGGACUCACUUCAAUUGUGAUUUCUGUAGGAAGGCCAAGCUUAGGUAGCUUUCCACCUGUGCAGACAUCCAUCACUAGGAGCUUCCUGAGUGCAGAGCUGAGCCAUUCAUAGCUUUACUUUCCCUCGACUUAGUCCAGUAGCAGGCUCAUAGUAGACAACCACCAAGGUGGAUGGAUGAGAAAACAUCCUAUUGAUGCUAUGAGUGGGUUAGUGGUCAAGACUCGUGCUAUGACGAGUACCUGUGCAACAGAGCCCCUCUGCUAAGGUAGCCUCUACUCUGAGUGUUCUUGGGGAGUCAGGCUUGUCUUUGGCUUGCACUUAAGUGAUUUUGAUGUACUUCUUGAGGGGACAUACAAUGUCUCAUAUACUUAAGGAAUUGAAAAGCACUCCUAUAGUCAGGUGGAUACUCCUCCCUGAUGGCCUUCUCAAGACUGUCGCUGAGUCAGCUAGAACUUUUUUGGUGAAAAUGAUAAGUAUGCAGAUCCAGUUACCUUAGGCAGAAAAGUGAAUGAAUUAGCAUUUUGAGUAGUCUCUUGUAUAAAAAACUACCCCCAAAACCUGCUGGCUUAAAACAAUAGCUGUUUUAUUAUUUAUUUGUGAUUGUGAAACCUGGCCAGGCCCAGCAGGGACAGCUCAACUUAGUUCUGCAUAGAAUCUGCUGGGGUGGCUAGAGCAGCUUGGGACCAGAAAACGUCAGUCUGGGUCCUGUGCCAGGGCCUUGAUUCUCACUGUUGUCUGGGUUCUUUGACCCUUUUUAUGUGGCCAGCUUGGAGGUCUCUACAUGGUGGUCUCAGGGUACUUUAACUUCUCACAUGGCAGCUGGCUUUCUCCAGAAGUCAAAAGUUGAACUGGACCUGUUUGAGGCUUAAGCUCAGAACUAGAACAGCAUCACUUCAGUCACAUUCUGUUAAAACAGGUCAGAGAACCAGCCCAAAUUCAAGGAGAGGAAAACACACAAGGGCAGGAGUCCUGGGGAAAUGUGGUUCAGUGGAGCCUAAUCAGAUAGCUGCCUCCCCCGGCCUGUGGGACUGAGGUGUCUGGGGUGAUCAGUGCUCAGUAUAGCAAGUCCAAGGCCAAGCCCAGGUCAUCAGGACUAGUUGUGCACAUAUGCAUAGCUCUCACUGGUGCUCUGUCUCUCUACUUCACCUUUCAUCUGUAGGCUUUAAGUCACUUCCCUGCAGGCAGUGUCAUCCUAGCCCUCCAGCAUCUCCAGGAGUAUCCCCUCCUAGCUCCCCUGGAGGAGAAGUACAUUUCCAUACUUGAAUCUCAGGCUCUGGAAAAAGCAGCUUAUGUGGCCUUGGGCAAGUUUCCUAACUUGUGUGCCUCAGUUUCCCCCUCUGUCAAAUGAGGAUGUCAGAACUAUCUACUUCAGAGGACAGUGUGAAACUUAUCCUGGGCUGUGCUGCCUGCAGGGCUUGAGUGGCACAUCAGAUGCUCAUUAGAGCAUGUCAUGGACUGGGAAGAAGAGGUCCACAGGGCUUACCCCAGUGUGACUCUGCCUCUCCUGGAAGGAGUAACUGGCUGGCACCUCCAAGGACUGGCCCAUUGCAGCUUCCUGAGAGGUCCUGAGUAGAGAUGGUGGUGCUAAUGGGGUUGACACUCCUUGCCACUGCCCUCACCAUACUGGGAGACAUCUGCUCUUCUGAAUUUCACGAGGCUCUUAGUGGUACUAAUCAGUUGCCUUCCUCUGGUGUCUGGCAGGACCCUGAACCUCACUUAGUCUCAGCACUAAGUGCCGUGGUCUGCACAGCCUGGGCCCAGAACUCCUACUGUCCUUUCUUGUUUCUUGAGGCUUCCCUAUCAGGCAUUUGUCAUGGCCCAUAUGGGCAAGAAAUCCACCUUCUUGCUACUGCUUCCCUCCCAGGUCCUCAGCCUGUGGAAAAGUGUGGCACAUUCUCAGCAGCAGCAUUUCAGGCUCUCUGGCUUAGCACACCUGGCAGCCACCUGACCCAGGAAGGGUGUGGUGUGCCAGUGUAGUUGUGAGUGCACAGGCACAGGGGUACCAGUUUGAGCAUUCCCAGUCCUUCUCACCUGUGUUCUUAGCACCUGCCUUCUUUUACCUACUGUAUAUUGUUUUCUGGAUUCUUCUUUUGAAGAUGAAGGUGGGACUAAUUAGGGUCUGCCAUCUAGACUAUGGAAGAACAACUUGCAAUAACUCUCUUUCCUCAUGCCCCCCGAGUGUGCUCCACUGCUGGUUCUGGCUCCUUCAAAGCUAUAAGAGUACCGAGCUGUGUUGGGGCUUGUCUUGGGAACCCUUGGAGUAAAAGCUCAGAUCAGACCAGGGCUGAAUUUCCUAUAUGUUUGGGACAGCUUUGAGUAUGCAUGUGCUCUAGGAAGGCGAUCGGUAGCCACUUGGCUAAGUUUCACCUUUCACUGUAGAGCUCUGACUCUUGAGUAUGUACCUGGAGGUGACCGAGGGUCUCAGGGACCAGACUGGAGCUGCCAGUAUGAUGUCAGGGGCUUGUAGCAGGCUGUGUUGUCUUGGAUUUCAGUAAGUAGACGAAAUAACAUGUAAUGUGAUUUCCAACCUUCCUAGGGUUUCUCCUUGUUCUCUGAGACAAAAUGGGUCCCUUGCAUUUGGCACACCUGCUUGAUACUGGCCUUGCACAGCUGUUUUCCCCACUACCACAUGACAAGAAAGAGAGCACAUUUCCCUUUGUUUUGUGGAAGCUCAGGCUCAAUUUGCCUGCAGGGGUAUGGCUAUCCAGAAGAAGGUAAGGUGAGCUGGCUGUUUCUUGGGGCCCAUGCUGGCCAUUGCCUUUUUGAGUACCAAUAUUUUAUUUUCUACACUUAGGCACUAGCCCUAGCAGGACUUUGAGCUCUUAGGCAGCCACCACCUGCCUCUGCCCUGCCCCUCCCUGCCUGCACUUGCCACCAUGUGAUUCUAGAGCUGGUAACCCUCAUUCUGGUGUCCAUGCCAACUCCUCUUGGGUAACAGAGACAAAGCAUCCUCAACUAAAAUACUCCUCAGCAAUAGCACCUUGACUAUAUCAGUGAUUGCUGGUAUUCAUCAUGCAUCUAAUUUGUCACUAACCAAAUGUUACUGAGCAACCACUCACCAGACCUAUGCUAGAAGCUGAGAAUGUGGUAACGAACACGACAACAAUUGACAUGCCACUCUUACCAUGAAAGCAGAUGAGGGACCCAGACAAAUGCCCACAGGCCCCAGGCCCCAGGAAUACUUCUAGUCUGCUGGGUUUCAAGCUGUCACGACGCCUUUGCCAGUCUGGUCCACCAAACUAUAGCUAGCUACCUAGCUUCAUGGGCUCCUGGUGGGGUCUGCACCCUGCUCUCUAGGAGCUAGUAGCUAUAGUCCUUCCCCCUAGACAGACUGAACAUCUGGUUGAAUGAGGGCUCAUCCUGUAGAGGAAGUUCAGCCAGAGGAGAUGCUGAGAAUGCUGACUUUCCACGGACUUUGAUGCAGCACAAAUGUAUAGGCGGUCUUUUGGAAGCAGAAGCAUGAUGAGGGAAGUGAUGCGUGUGAUCGCAGUCAGCUACUGGUCCUACCCAGCUGUCAGCGAAGCAGAAAGGCCAGGGUGCUUAUGUGUCCAGGCUGUCAGCCAAGUGCAGAUCCAUGGGAUGGGGAGAUGGCUGGAGGUAUAGCCGUUGUGACUCAGCUGUUGUCGUGACCUGCUCAUAGCCUUUACAACUGUGUGUCCUCAGAAGGUGGCCAGCUCUUGUCUGCUGGACAUUUGUGCAAGUGCCCAGGCGAUCUGUGGACUCAGUUGUUCUAGUGACAGAAUGCUUUGUGCCACUUUUAGACUAAGCUAUUUAAUGUCACUUGGAGAGUCUUCCAGCAGUUUUUACUUUAACUGAAACUGUUAGAUCACUCCACUCUUACAGAUAAUUUAUCAACAGCCUAUUAUUUUUUCCUAGGAGCAGUGAUUAAAGAUAUUACUCAGAUAACCACCAUUUCAAAAUUUUUGACUCUGUUGAUAUUGUCCAAUGAAUACAAGCCAAGGUAGACGUUGUGUGUGUGUGUUUUUUUCUUUGUUUCUAGGCAAGCCAAUUUUUUCAGUUGAUAUUCACCCUGACGGGACCAAGUUCGCAACUGGAGGACAAGGACAGGAUUCUGGGAAGGUUGUGAUCUGGAAUAUGUCUCCAGUCCUCCAGGAGGAUGACGAGAAGGAUGAAAAUAUUCCCAAGAUGCUUUGCCAGAUGGACAAUCACUUAGCAUGUGUGAACUGUGUGCGGUGGUCAAACAGUGGGAUGUAUUUAGCUUCUGGGGGAGAUGACAAACUGAUUAUGGUGUGGAAACGGGCUACGUACAUCGGCCCCAGCACUGUGUUCGGCUCCAGUGGUAAGCUUGCCAACGUGGAGCAAUGGCGAUGUGUCUCUAUCCUCCGGAGUCACUCAGGCGAUGUAAUGGAUGUAGCGUGGUCUCCCCAUGAUGCCUGGCUGGCCUCGUGCAGCGUGGAUAACACUGUCGUCAUCUGGAACGCUGUGAAGUUCCCAGAAAUUCUCGCUACUCUGAGAGGCCAUUCUGGCUUGGUAAAGGGGUUGACCUGGGACCCUGUUGGUAAAUACAUUGCCUCUCAAGCUGACGACCGCAGCCUGAAGGUGUGGAGAACGCUGGACUGGCAGUUGGAGACCAGCAUCACCAAACCUUUUGAUGAGUGUGGAGGGACAACCCAUGUGUUGCGGCUCAGCUGGUCACCUGACGGGCACUACCUGGUGUCUGCCCACGCCAUGAACAACUCUGGCCCCACUGCCCAGAUCAUUGAACGGGAGGGCUGGAAGACCAACAUGGACUUUGUCGGGCACCGGAAAGCUGUGACUGUUGUUAAAUUCAACCCAAAAAUCUUCAAAAAGAAGCAGAAGAAUGGGAGUUCUGCAAAGCCCAGCUGCCCAUAUUGCUGCUGUGCUGUUGGCAGCAAGGACCGUUCUCUCUCUGUCUGGCUCACGUGUCUGAAACGGCCUUUGGUUGUCAUCCAUGAGCUAUUCGACAAAUCCAUCAUGGAUAUUUCCUGGACUCUGAAUGGGCUGGGCAUCUUGGUGUGCUCCAUGGAUGGCUCUGUGGCGUUUCUAGAUUUCUCCCAGGAUGAGCUUGGAGACCCCCUGAGCGAGGAGGAGAAGAGCCGCAUUCACCAGUCUACCUAUGGCAAGAGCUUGGCCAUCAUGACUGAGGCCCAGCUCUCCACAGCUGUCAUCGAGAACCCAGAGAUGCUCAAAUACCAGCGCAGGCAGCAACAACAGCAGCUGGACCACAAGAGUGCCUCGGCCAGAGAGACAAGUUCAGCUACCUCAGUUGCUGGCGUUGUCAAUGGGGAGAGUCUAGAAGACAUUAGGAAGAAUCUUUUGAAGAAACAAGUUGAGACUCGGACUGCAGAUGGUCGCAGAAGAAUCACACCUCUCUGCAUAGCACAGCUGGACACCGGGGACUUCUCCACGGCAUUCUUUAACAGCAUCCCACUCUCGGGCUCCCUGGCGGGCACCAUGCUCUCCUCUCAUAGCAAUCCACAGCUACUGCCACUCGACUCCAGUACCCCCAACUCCUUUGGCGCCUCGAAGCCCUCCACAGAGCCUGUGGCGACAGCUGGUGCCAGGCCGGCUGGUGAUACUGUCAGUAAGGACAGUGUGAAUGCUACCUCUACUCCUGCUGCAUCGUCACCCUCCGUGUUAACAACCCCGUCCAAGAUUGAACCCAUGAAAGCAUUUGACUCCCGAUUCACGGAGCGGUCUAAAGCCACACCAGGUGCUCCUGCCUUGACCAGUGUGACUCCAACAACUGUGGAAAGGUUGAAAGAGCAGAACCUUGUGAAAGACCUGAGGCCCCGGGACCUCCUGGAGAGCAGCAGUGACAGCGACGAAAAAGUCCCUGUGGCCAAGCCCUCCUCGCUGUCCAAGCGAAAACUGGAGCUUGAGGUGGAAACAGUGGAGAAGAAGAAGAAAGGGAGACCUCGGAAGGAGUCUCGGCUCAUGCCUGUGUCUCUGUCUGUCCAGUCCCCAGCUGCCCUGACCGCAGAGAAGGACACCGUGUGUUUGUCUGUACCAGCACCUGCACUGAAGCUGCCCAUGCCAGGCCCCCAGAGAGCAUUUACCCUCCAGGUGAGCUCCGAUCCCUCUAUGUACAUUGAAGUGGAGAAUGAAGUGACUGCUGUGGGGGGCGUGAAGCUAAGUCGUUUGAAGUGUAACCGGGAAGGGAAGGAGUGGGAGACGGUGCUCACCAGCCGGAUCCUCACUGCUGCUGGCAGUUGUGACGUGGUAUGUGUUGCCUGUGAAAAGAGGAUGCUGUCAGUGUUCUCCGCCUGUGGUCGCCGUCUCCUCCCUCCCAUCCUCCUGCCGUCCCCAAUCUCCACUUUGCACUGCACGGGUUCCUACGUCAUGGCACUCACGGCUGCAGCCACAUUAUCUGUCUGGGAUGUUCACAGACAGGUAGUUGUGGUGAAAGAAGAAUCGCUACACUCCAUCUUGGCAGGAAGUGACAUGACAGUGUCACAGAUCUUGCUGACACAGCAUGGAAUCCCAGUGAUGAACCUGUCUGAUGGGAAGGCAUACUGCUUUAAUCCAUCACUUUCUACAUGGAACCUGGUUUCUGACAAGCAGGACUCCCUGGCCCAGUGUGCAGACUUCAGGAGCAGCCUGCCUCCCCAGGACGCCAUGUUGUGCUCCGGACCUUUAGCCAUAGUCCAGGGCCGUGCCUCCACUUCAGGAAGACAGGCAGCCCGACUCUUCUCCGUGCCUCAUGUAGUGCAGCAGGAGACCACCCUGGCCUACCUGGAGAAUCAGGUUGCAGCGGCACUCACCCUGCAGUCCAGCCAUGAGUACCGCCAUUGGCUCCUCCUCUACGCUCGGUACCUUGUGAAUGAAGGGUCUCCGGAAGAGGGAGCUGUUGAAGGAGCUACUGCCAGUCAUUGGGCAGAAUCUCCGUUUUCAGCGCCUCUUCACCGAGUGUCAGGAGCAGCUCGAUAUCCUGAGGGACAAGUAGCCUGCCUAGGCCUCCCCUGGCUACAGCAAGGGCAGGGCCACACUCUCGCCGCUGACAACGCAGAGGACCACCUCUCACCUCGUCAGGCUACAGAAGGACGAGGAGACACUGGCAGGAGGUGGGCUAUCCCGUGCCAGCACCAGCCCAGCUUCCUGGGCAGACUUCCCCUAUUUCCUGGGCCUGUUGCUCCCUCAGAAGGGGGAACCUCUGCCAGCCAUUCAUCCCUCCCUCCAGGACCCCUGUGCAGAGCUGGGGCUGGGGCCCUGCCCUGCUGCCCUGGGGUCAGUGAGGCACUCCCAGGCCUGCCGUCUCCAGCACGGUCCCAAGGUGGACGCUAGUCCCUGCCACUGCAGACACCGUGCUGCUUCAGCUAUGAUGAAUGAGCCAUUUGUGAAAGAGAGAGAACCCUGAAAUGUUAGUGUAUUAUGCAGUCAGUAGACUGACCCCGAGACCUAUGUAAAAGGAAAGCCUAUUCCAACACGGACUAUUUUUGUACUAGAAUUUGCUAACUUGUAAUAUGGAAUUUUCCUUUUGGCCAAUAAUCAGGAUUUCCCUAUAAGUCACUUGGACAUUGGUCACUUGUAGGAAAUUUAAACUCUAAUUAUGACAGCUACAUUGAAAAAUAAUUGUACUGAAAUUAACUUGUCUAUCUUCAUUUGGUUUUAAUUUUUAAAUGUUUGUAAAAAGAGACUGUUUUUUGGGGGAAUGGGGCAGAGGGGUGGGCGAUUUCUUUUGUAAGUGUAAAAUAAAUGAACACGCAUUGGAUACCAAAUCA